GCGAGUUUAGUUCUCUAAUUUUUCCUGAAAAAGAUGCUAUUUAGUUUUGAAAACUCAAUACAGAUGAGUAGAAUUCAAAAAUUGGUAUCUUGAGUGCCAUUUACUUUGUAUCCCCUUUUUUCCGAGUGAAACCUUGAUUUUUAAAAAGUGUUGAGCAAAAAUGAGUGCGUCUUUUGCUCUAAGAAAGCUACUCUAUGCUAAUAUCCAGGAUGAAGAUGUGACCAAACGUGGUUAUCAUUACACUGGAAGCUAUGAGCCUCUGUUAGGGUCUAUCUGCAUUUUUCAACCAUCUGCUGUGGCUCCCCGAAGCGGACUGACAUUGGCCUCACUUUGUUUUGGUGCAUGUACGUUAGGCUGCUUGACUAUGAAAACCCGCAAUAAUGAAAAGUGGUGGUUUGGGUUAUUUUUGCUAGCUACGUUUUAUUAUAAUUCUGUCAAAGCACACAAAGUCAACAAUGGACUGGUGGGGCAUCAAUGCGGAUUCCUUGCAUCUGCGUUGGGCACGAUUGGCUGUGCGUGCCGUCUUGUAGUUCACAGUGGAUCUUCUCGGACAAACAGGAGGUUACUAGCUAUUUUUAUAGGGUUGAUGUGGUAUGAGAUCGGGCGCUAUCAUCUCUGGGCGGAACACGUCACCGAGUUCAAGCGUGACAUCACACCAGAGCGUUACCACAAUUUAUUGACUGAGUACGUUCCGCAAAAUAUAGAGGUUGAAUUUCUGCCUUACCGAGGCGUGUCGUCAUAA